UCCGCGCGUGUGGUUUACGUUUUUCGAAGUCGCAUGAAAUAAAAUCGCAAAAUAGAAAAAUAUAUUAAUGAAAGAAGAGAAAGAAUAUUGUUUUCGAAAAAUUAAGUACUAAUCAACAAUAAUUCUCACUUAAUUACGGUACGUUUCAGAUGACAGAGUCAAAAGCUAAAGAGGCCUCAAAGUCAGAGUUGAGCCUGAAUGAUUUCAAUUCACGCACAGACUUGGUGAAAACAUCGGAAGAUGAUGGUGAAUACAACCCAGCGGAUUAUAGAGAUCAAGCUAAAGGCCAGUCGACAAGUGGCGCUAUGGCGCAUUUCCUUAAAAGCUCAUUGGGUAGCGGCAUUUUGGCCAUGCCAAUGGCUUUUAAAUCGGGCGGUUUGCUGUUCGGUAUGAUUGCGACGUUGGUGGUGGGCUUCCUCUGUGCGCAUUGUGUGCACAUAUUGGUAAAAACCUCACAAAGCAUCUGUAAAGACAUCAAAGUGCCUGCUUUGGGAUUUGCUGAAACUGUGGAGAAAGCCUUUGAAAAUGGUCCCAAACGUUUGCGUUCGUGGUCGAAAUUUGCAAAAGUUUUUGUGGAUGCAAGUUUAAUGGCAACAUAUUACGCCGCCGCUUGUGUGUAUAUCGUGUUUAUCGCUAAAUCAUUUCACGACGUCAUCAACUAUGACACCGGUCUUGAGUGGAGUGUGCGCGCUUAUAUUGCACUGACACUCAUACCCUGCCUAUUGAUUGGUCAAAUAAGAAAUCUCAGAUGGCUAGUGCCAUUCUCCGCAAUGGCAAAUAUUUUCAUACUGAUCACUUUCGGUAUUGUGCUGUACUAUUUGUUUAGCGAACCAUUGGUAUUCGACGACAAGGACUUAGUUGGUGGAAUCACAAAGAUACCACUUUUCUUUUCCACAGUUAUCUUCGCUAUGGAGGGUAUCGGCUCAGUUAUGCCCGUGGAAAAUGCAAUGAAGAAACCACAAGACUUUCUUGGCUGUCCUGGUGUACUCAAUUCAUCUAUGAUCGUUGUUGUAUUAUUAUAUGCCGUUAUCGGCUUUUUAGGUUAUGUGCGUUAUGGUGAUGCUGUGCAAGGCAGCAUUACAUUGAAUUUACAAGAAGGCGAUGCUUUGGCUGACACUGCAAAAUUACUGAUGGCUGUGGCGAUACAGUUUACUUACGGCUUACAGUUCUACGUGCCCAAUGACAUCCUGUGGAAAUUGAUCGCACACAAAUUCAAUAAAAAAAAUCACAAUAUUAUACAGAUAGCUUUACGUACUGUUAUAAUACUGAUUAGUGGUGGCUUUUGUCUUGCACUACCAAGUCUGGAAAUUUUCAUUAAUCUUGUCGGUGCUAUAUUCUUCUCAAUACUCGGCAUCUUCGUGCCCAGCGUUUGUGAGUUAGUUUAUUUAUGGCCAGAUCGUCUCGGAUGGGGCAAAUGGAAGCUAUAUAAGAAUAUUAUAUUAUGUGCAUUUGCAAUAUUUGCGCUAGUAUCUGGAUCUUCCGCUAGUAUAGAGGAAAUUAUCAAGAGCCUAACAAAAAAGGACAGUUAGAAUGUGGAAAAGUAUUAACUUAUAAUUUAAAACUAUUUAGUUUAAAUUUGUUUAAGUAGUCGAGUUUUAAUU